UCAGGAAACUAAAGCUGAACUAAACCUGAGCCAGCAGGUUGAAGCUGACAUGACCUCAGAGAAGGAAAGCAAUGGACUCGACAACUUUGCCUUUGCGCUGGAAGGAGGUUUCUGUGAUCUAUCAGAAAAAGGAGAAGAUCUAGACUCGUCUAUUGAUGAAGACACAAACAAACUGGCUUACUGCGUGACAGAUGUCCCGCCCUGGUACCUCUAUCUCUUAGGCGCUCAGCACUGUUUGACUGCCUUUGGCGGCAUCAUCGCCAUCCCCCUGAUCCUGUCGCAGGGUCUGUGUCUGCAGCAUGACGGCCUCACGCAGAGCUACCUCAUCAGCACCAUCUUCUUGGUGUCUGGAGUCUGCACCUUGCUGCAGGUCACCUUUGGCAUCAGGCUGCCCAUUCUUCAAGGCGGUACGUUCACGCUGCUGGCUCCCUCCAUGGCGAUGCUGUCCAUGCCAGAGUUUAGGUGUCCUGCCUGGACCCAAAACGCCAGCUCAGUCAACGCUUCGUCCACAGAGUUCACAGAAGUGUGGCAAAGUCGGAUGAGCUGUAAGUAAACUCUGCAGGGCUCCAUUAUUGUGGGCUCCAUCUUCCAGGUGUUUGUUGGAUUUUCUGGCCUCAUCGGCCUCUUCAUGCGCUUCAUUGGACCUCUCACCAUUGCUCCCACUAUCGCUCUUAUUGGUCUGUCGCUGUUUGAUUCAGCUGGGAGCAGCGCUGGAAACCACUGGGGCAUCUCUUCAAUGACCACAGCCCUUAUCAUCCUGUUUUCACAGUACCUCCGUCACAUAGCCAUCCCCUUUCCUACCUACAGCAAGGAUAAAAAGCUUCACACUUCUCCAGUCUACAUCUUUCAAAUUCUCCCUGUCUUGUUGGGAAUCACAGUUUCUUGGCUCAUUUGUUACAUCUUGACGGUGUAUGACAUUCUUCCUGCCGAACCUGGGCAGUACGGUUACCUCGCACGCACAGACCUAAAAGAAGUAAUCAGCCAAGCUCCCUGGUUUACCUUCCCAUACCCAGGCCAGUGGGGGAAACCCACAGUGAGCCUGGCCGGCGUGGUGGGGAUCCUGGCCGGGGUCAUCUCCUCCAUGAUCGAGUCUGUUGGGGAUUAUCACGCAUGCGCAAGAUUAUCCGGAGCGCCGCCGCCACCGAGACACGCCAUUAACCGCGGCAUCGGCAUCGAGGGAAUCGGCUGCCUGCUGGCUGGAGCGUGGGGAACCGGAAACGGAACCACUUCCUACAGCGAGAACGUCGGUGCGCUCGGCAUCACCAAGGUCGGAAGCCGCGUGGUCAUAGUGGCCAGCGGGGUGUUCAUGGUUUCCAUGGGGAUUCUGGGUAAAAUGGGUGCUGUGUUUGCAACCAUCCCCUCUCCGGUGAUUGGAGGCAUGAUCAUGGUCAUGUUUGGUGUCAUCUGUGCAGCAGGAGUCUCUAAUUUGCAGUACACAGACAUGAAUUCAUCCAGAAAUAUCUUCAUUUUUGGCUUCUCCAUGUUCUCUGGUUUGGUCAUUCCCAACUGGAUAUUAAAGAAUCCCAAAGCUAUUGCUACAGGUGCGGUAGAGUUCGACCAGAUGCUGCAGGUUCUUCUGACAACCAGCAUGUUUGUUGGCGGUUUCUUCGGGUUCGUGUUGGACAACACCGUCCCAGGAUCGAAACAGGAGCGUGGCAUCCUGGCCUGGAACAAAGCUCAUGAAGACGAUUCGUGUGAAACUCUGGAGACUGGAGAGGUUUACAACCUCCCAUUUGGCCUGACCUCCUACCUGUCCUCGUUCUCCUGGCUGCGCUACGUCCCGUUCUGCCCGCCGGGCCUGUCCAGCUCCCUGGAGCCCAAGCAGCCGCUGGGAACUCCUGACCCGGGCCAGAUCAUGAUCGGAGUUGGGUUGUGAGCCACGGUUUCCUGUUACGGUGCCAUCAUUUCCCCAAACACACCAACACCAGAGGCAGCUCAGGCUCUGUAACGUCUCACAGACGGUGUACUGUAGCAACAGUGUUUGGAUCUUAUUACAUCAUAAUUCAUCUUUCUUUUCACAGCGUGUUUGGACUGCUACAUUAACUUUUAAAUGAGACCAAGUGGUGAAUUCAGAAAAGAAGGCCACACAGGAGUAAAAGAGUAAUCGCUGCCAUUUCUUAGAAAUAAAAAGGCGACUGAAAAGCAAAGAUACUUUGACUAGACAAAGUUUAGAAACAGCAGGUGAAUGUGAAUCAGACGACUUUUUCACAGCAGGAUGUGGAGUCGGACCAGGAGUCAUUAUUAUCAUUUUCAGCCUUUAUUUACAUCCAGAUUCACCGUCUGCUGCUGCAUCAUGAUACACGUCUCACAUCAAUGAUGUAAAAGUCGGACAAAAUGUGACAUGAAAACUAUCUGA